AUGAAAUAUGGUGGUAUUGUUUGUUAUCAUGGCAUUGUGAAUAGGCCGAUAAUUUCGGUUACGGAUCCUCAAAUUUUACAAAAAAUUUUAGUUAACAACACAUAUGACUUUCCAAAACCUUCUUAUAUGAUCACUGAUCUUAAAGCAAUAUUGGGAGAUGGAAUAUUAAUGUCCGAAGGUGAUACACAUAAACGACAGAGAAAAAUGAUGAAUCCUGCAUUUACUUUUACAAAUGUUAAGGAAAUGGUGCCAACAAUUGCUCGUGUUGCGCACCAAUCAAAAGAAAUAUGGAAAAAUCAAAUUGACGAUGAAGAAGAAAAGCGGCUAAUAAUUUCAUCAUUUUUAUCAAAAGUAACUUUGGACAUUAUUAGAUUGGUUGGAUUUAAAGAUGAAUUCAACAAUGUCACAUCAGAAAAUGAACUAGCGAAUGCUUAUACACGGAUUUUUCAUCACAAAAGAACAGCCUUGAAUGUGGCACUUUCAGUAUUAGUACAUUACAUUCCAUGGAUUAGGAAACUCCCAUUACCAAGAAACCGUGAAAUACGCAGAUGUAUUAAAAUUAUUGAAAAAGCCGCUUUAAAAUUGGUAAAAGAAAGGCGUGAAUUUUUUAGAGAAGGAAAACCGAUUGGCAAAGAUUUGUUAUCAUUACUAGUUAGUAUUAAUGAAAAUUUACCUGAAGUGGAAAAAAUUUCUGCGGCUUCCUGGUCAUUAUAUUUACUCGCACAACAUCCUGAAAUUCAAGAUCGUCUUCGUAAAGAAUUAAUCGAAGCAUUUCCUGAUCCCAAUUUUGAGCCGACAUUUGACGAAAUUAAUUCUUUGGAAUAUUUAGAAUGUGUUAUUAAAGAAUCCAUGAGAAUUAUUCCACCAGGUAGUUAA